GAUUUUUAGUUCUUUUGGAUAUUCUAUUUCUUCUACUCUUCUCUUCUCUUCUCUCUUCUCUAGCUUAAUCUUUUAAAUGAUAGUAACAUUUAUUCACGAAGUUCGUUAUUAUCCCAGGUCUUAUCAAUAGUUAAGUAACCUCGUGAUCGCCUUUAUUCUCGUAACCCAAAAUCAUUUUUUAAGAAUGGAAAACGAAAUGCCAGAUAUAAUUGUGGGGGUUGAUUUUGGUAUGACUUAUACUGGAGUGGCAUAUUCGACAAGACGCAUGUUACAGCCGAAAUUCAUACAGAGAUGGCCAGAGCAAACCCAUGAUCUUCGCAGAGUCCCCUCAAUUAUACAUUAUGAUGCAGAGAACUCACAUAAGCCAGAAUGGGGAUUUUCUUGCCAGUACUCUGAAGAUAAAAAGGAGUGUUUUAAGCGUUAUUUGGAUCUUGAAGUAUUGAGGCGGGAGAAAAGAUCUAGCCCUAACGAAACACAUCCAACUUACGAACAGGUAAAAAAAUGGUACAUGGACUACAUGAAAUGUCUAUAUACCUACAUCAGCCAGAUUCUUCAAAUAAAGAUGGGGAUUUGGAAUAACAAGCGUGUAGAGUUUCUUUUCAGCACGCCAACUACUUUCCAGUCGCAAGGUAUUACUACAACACUUCGAGAGCUACUUCUCAAUGCUGGAUUUGGCGAAUUUAGGAAACAUACAGUAACCUUCAGUCUCACAGAACCACAGGCGUCUGCUGUGGAUGCUAUAAAAGACAGCGCAAUAUCUCUUGCUAAAGGAGACGUGAUUGUUGUCUGCGAUGCCGGAGGCGCAACAACUGAUGUGGCAGUGAUGGAAUAUCGAAGUGUUUCUCGCAGUGAGAUACCAGAGCUACGAGAGCUAGUAUCAGUUGAGGGAAUCAAUGUCGGUUCUACCAAUAUUGAUUUAGCCUUUCAGGAUUUGGUGGAGCGUCGACUCGCGCCCCAUGACUUCCACGAAGAUACAGCGUGGUCUAUGAUGCACCUUGACGGAUUUCAACAAUGGAAGCACAAUUUUGGAUAUGAAAUCGACAGUGUACCGGUAUUCAAAAUCCCAAUACCUGGAAUAAACAAAUAUGAAUCACAUGUGGACGCAGGUAUUGAGUUUGGAAACAUGUGUUUCACACAAAACGAAUUCAUGUCACUUUUUGAUCCUCAAGUGGAUGAAAUAAUAGCAUUGAUACAGUCUCAAUUAGACGCACUUCAUGCCAAAUAUAUGAUAUUUUCUGGUGGUUUAGGAAGCUCUCCAUAUCUCCUCAGACGUAUUCGAAGCAAAUUUUCCAAUAACAUGGACCCGACAGCCUCUAGUAUUGAGGUACUUCUAUCAGAUGAACCACAGCUUUCGGUUUGCAGAGGUCUUGUGCUAGAUCGAUUGCAAAAGAUCAGAGAAAAUAAACAUGUGUUAGCGCGUCGCGUUUGCUCAAAAUCAUAUGGUGUGGUAUGCGAUAAGAAAUACGAUGAGAAAAACUUUGAUCAUAUCUUUGGGCCAUUUUAUAAGAAUGAGAUCACUGGUGAAACAAUGGUGGGUAAGCAGAUUCAGUGGUUGAUCAAAAAGGGUCAGCUUAUUGAUCCAGAUGUUCCAAUAUUCUACCCAUUUCUUCGCCACCUCGAUGAAAGUUCAAAGCUCAAUCCCCUCCGCUGGAUGGAAAUAAUCACGAUUUCAGAUUCAGGUUGCCCGCCAGGGAGACUUGACCACGCGGACUGUAAGGUCCUGACUACGGUCACCUCCACUUUCACUCCUAUGGAUAUAGACAACUUUGAUAUUAAAAAGAAAUGGUGCCCUUGGUACAAGAUCUCCAAAGGGAAAAUUCGGGUAGCAAAUCUUAAACUCGCUGUGGUUAUUUACCCAAGUGAUAUUCAAUUCGAGCUCUGGCUGAAUGGCCAGCAGUACAUGGACCCGAACAGUACGAAAGUGGAGUGGAAUGAGGGGGAUGUAACUAAUCCUUGGCCGGAGGAAACGCCUAUCAAUAGCAGGAACGGGUCACGGGCAUCCAGUAGCGAGCAUAGAAAUAGGUGUGGUUGAAAGCAAGGCACGUGAAGCAAUGGUAUAGCUAUCCAGACAUACGAUAUAUGCAGGUGCUCCCAUCAAAUAUUUUAUGGAUUAUACAGGAGGGCAUGAAUUUUGGAAAUUGAGAAGCGUUUACUUCCGUGCACCCGUUGAACGUCUAGAUAGCUUGGCGGUACCUAGCA